CCUCGGAAUUACAAUGUGUCAUUUUUAUUCUAUUUGCAAUUUAUUGUAAUUAUAUAUUAAGAUUCAAUAGUUUGUUUCAAAAAUAUCUAAAAUUCAUGUUUAAAGAAUUGCUGACGCUGGAAGCGAUCAUUUGAAGCGCAAUCCUACUUUAUAAUAAAGGUUCAAAAUAACAAAAUUGAUUUUUCUCAAAUUUUUCGAUUUUUUAAAAUAUACUUACCAAACACCCCCACCACUACCACUACCACCACCAUUUCAUUUUACGCUCUUUACUGGAUUUUUGGAAAAUAGUAAAAUGUGUGUUUUAUUCUUUAUAAAGGAAGUUUAAAGAAUCCACUGACAAGUCUGUACAUCUAUGGUUUUCUGAGCUAAGAGUUUCCUCAUUAAAAAAAAACUCCCCUCCUUUUCACGUCAUAAAUAAGGGUGUUACUAUUAUUUUUUAAAACCCCCUUCCUGAGUGGGUGACCACGUCAUAAAAACAAAGUAACCUUAAAUUUUCACACUUGAACUGAGCGUUGGUGAGUCAGUGUGUCCAUCAGUUAUCCCCGAGUAACCGUAGUGGAGGUUCUCAAGUUAAUGAAUGCAUUCCAUAUAAAUAAAUUGUUAUAGCCUUGUGCUGACCCAGUUUUUGCUUCAACCACUUGUCUCCACUUUUUUUUUUUUUUGGUUUUGAUAUUAAUUACACCAAGUAAAUGUGUAAUGCUAUACCAACCCACCCCUCUCUUGAUUAGGAAAAAAGGUUAAUAACGUUCUAUUUGUUCUAAAGAAUUCAAUUUGUAAAAUUUCUCUUCUGGAGGGUUCUAGCUACAGGGGCAUCAUUUCAGGUUUUUUCAUGGGUAGGGAGCAAAACAAAAAUUUGGUCGGCUUGUUAAGUUGUUCAUUACUGGAGGCACCACAGUAAACAUCAAUUUAAAUAAAACCUGCAAAUUUAGGCGUUUGGGGGUAAAUGUCACACCCUACCCUCCUCAAAAUAACGUCCCUGUCUAUCUACCCCCAUAAAAAUAAGCUGGCAAUUUUCCCAGCUUGGAGAUAUUUUUGCCAACUGUCCUAGACAUUAACGACAUGUAAUAUACUGAUAGUAGCGUUACUAGAUUGUACUCUUUGUGUGUAUAUAUUAAUAUUUUUAUCUUUAAGGGAUUUUUUUUUUCACUUAAUGUGCCGUAAGUUCAUCUAGGUUUAAAAUUUGCUUUUGUAGAUUUGAUUUUGCAAUUUUUAGAUAAACUUCAUCGCAUAAUGAAAUUGAAUUGUUUUAAUAUCACUAGCUUUAGUGGCAAUUUCUUUGUAUGCUGGUUGUCAGCCCUUUGUUGUGUCUUAUUCAUUGAACGAGCAAAAUAUUAGAGAAGAUUAAAUUUGCAAACUCAUAUAGCGGUACGCAACAAUUCAAUUUAUGAAGGUCUAAUGAGGUGAGGACCAUUGCUAUAAGGAACACAGCGAGAGUUUAUCUGUUAGCCACCUUCCUGCUCUGAAAUGCCUAUAGGAAUGAGGUAUUAUGGUAAGGGCAACCUGUUAUGGUUUUGAGAAUCUUGAUUAAAAUGUACUUGGUUAUUUCAGGUCAUGCAGUGGUCACUAUGUCUUGCGAUAGUCCUGGUGCUCACGCUGCCCGCUGCUGACCUUCAGUUUGCCGGACUGGCUGACCAGCCACAAAUAAAGGACUCACUCCGCCUGGCCAACAUCUUAAUGAACCGACCGAUCGAAGGGCCGAGCCUCAGGAAGGACUGCCGCAUGCUGAACGCCACUGACUUCCAGAGGAUCAUCAGCGCUGUCAAUGCGGCCAAGGCUGAUACGGUAAGCUUAUAGACCUCCCGACUACAAGGCUGAUACGGUACGGUUAUAUACCUCCCCACUACAAGGCUGACAAGGUAAGGUUAUAUACUUCCUCACCACAACGCUGACAAGGUAAGCUUACAAUAUACUUCCCCACUACACGGCUGAAAAGGUAAGCUUAUAUACUUCCUCACUACAAGGCUGACAAGGUAAGCUGAUAUACUUCCCCACUACACGGCUGAAAAGGUAAGCUUAUAUACUUCCUCACUACAAGGCUGACAAGGUAAGCUGAUAUACUUCCCCACUACACGGCUGACAAGGUAAGCUUAUAUACUUCCCCACUACACGGCUGACAAAGUAAGCUUAUAUACUUCCCCACUACAAGGCUGACAAGGUAAGCUUAUAUACUUCCUCACUACAAGGCUGACAAGGUAAGCUGAUAUACUUCCCCACUACACGGCUGAAAAGGUAAGCUUAUAUACUUCCUCACUACAAGGCUGACAAGGUAAGCUGAUAUACUUCCCCACUACACGGCUGACAAGGUAAGCUUAUAUACUUCCCCACUACACGGCUGACAAAGUAAGCUUAUAUACUUCCCCACUACAAGGCUGACAAGGUAAGCUUAUAUACUUCCUCACUACAAGGCUGACAAGGUAAGCUGAUAUACUUCCCCACUACACGGCUGAAAAGGUAAGCUUAUAUACUUCCUCACUACAAGGCUGACAAGGUAAGCUGAUAUACUUCCCCACUACACGGCUGACAAGGUAAGCUUAUAUACUUCCCCACUACACGGCUGACAAAGUAAGCUUAUAUACUUCCCCACUACAAGGCUGACAAGGUAAGCUUAUAUACUUCCUCACUACAAGGCUGACAAGGUAAGCUGAUAUACUUCCCCACUACACGGCUGAAAAGGUAAGCUUAUAUACUUCCUCACUACAAGGCUGACAAGGUAAGCUGAUAUACUUCCCCACUACACGGCUGACAAGGUAAGCUUAUAUACUUCCCCACUACACGGCUGACAAAGUAAGCUUAUAUACUUCCCCACUACACGGCUGACAAGGUAAGCUUAUACAUUUCCCCACUCUAAAGCCAUAAAUACUAACAAAAAAAAUUAUUUGGACAACAACUAACGAGUAACAUUUUUUUCCUCCGAAUAUCCACAGAAAACUCACAGCAACCCCUUACCACACAGCCACCCCUUACCACACAGCCACCCCUUACCACACAGCCACCCCUUACCACACAGCCACCCCUUACCACACAGCCACCCCUUACCACACAGCCACCCCUUACCACACAGCCACCCCUUACCACACAGCCACCCCUUACCACACAGCCACCCCUUACCACACAGCCACCCCUUACCACACAGCCACCCCUUACCACACAGCCACCCCUUACCACACAGCCACCCCUUACCACACAGCCACCCCUUACCACACAGCCACCCCUUACCACACAGCCACCCCUUACCACACAGCCACCCCUUACCACACAGCCACCCCUUACCACACAGCCACCCCUUACCACACAGCCACCCCUUACCACACAGGCCACCCCUUACCACACAGCCACUCCUUACCACACAGGCCACUCCUUACCACACAGCCACCCCUUACCACACAGGCCACUCCUUACCACACAGCCACCCCUUACCACACAGGCCACCCCUUACCACACAGCCACUCCUUACCACGCUUUUUCAUUAAUAAUUUUUAGCAGGAAACAGAAUAAUUUUGUCAAAUGACACAUUGCUUUUCUCAAAAGAACAUUUAUCUUGUUACACUUUGUCAGUUUUAUUAGUAGACUCACUUAUAAACAAGGGAAGUUUACCACACAUUUAGACAACACACAUAGUCUCCCUCACAGACACCCGUAGACCGCUGUUCAGGGGGAUCAAAGAAAGUUGGAUGUGCCAAAACCGUCUUCAUAUGGGCAUCGAUGGGUGCUAUAUACAUAAAAGUCGAACUAAUCCGAUCAAUUUAUUUUUUUGGACAAUAAUUGAAUCCACCAAUGAAUGCUGAUGCAAGCCGACUGUAUGAGACAUGAGUCCCAUUCAUGUAAGCCGACUGCGUGAGACAUGAGUCCCAUUCAUGUAAGCCGACUGCGUGAGACAUGAGUCCCAUUCGUGUAAGCCGACUGCAUGAGACAUGAGUCCCAUUCAUGUAAGCCGACUGCAUGAGAAAUGAGCCCCAUUCAUGUAAGCCGACUGCAUGAGACAUGCGCCCCAUUCAUGUAAGCCGACUGCAUGAGACAUGCGUCCCAUUCAUGUUAGCCGACUGCAUGAGACAUGAGUCCCGUUCAUGUAAGCCGACUGCAUGAGAAAUGAGUCCCAUUCAUGUAAGCCGACUGUAUGAGACAUGAGUCCCGUUCAUGUAAGCCGACUGCAUGAGACAUGAGUCCCAUUCAUGUAAGCCGACUCCAUGAGACAUGAGUCCCAUUCAUGAAAGCCGACUGCGUGAGACAUGAGUCCCAUUCAUGUAAGCCGACUGCAUGAGACAUGAGUCCCAUUCAUGUAAGCCGACUCCAUGAGACAUGAGUCCCAUUCAUGAAAGCCGACUGCGUGAGACAUGAGUCCCAUUCAUGUAAGCCGACUGCAUGAGACAUGAGUCCCAUUCAUGUAAGCCGACUCCAUGAGACAUGAGUCCCAUUCAUGAAAGCCGACUGCGUGAGACAUGAGUCCCAUUCAUGUAAGCCGACUGCAUGAGACAUGAGUCCCAUUCAUGUAAGCCGACUCCAUGAGACAUGAGUCCCAUUCAUGUAAGCCGACUGCAUGAGACAUGAGUCCCAUUCAUGUAAGCCGACUGCAUGAGACAUGAGUCCCAUUCAUGUAAGCCGACUGCAUGAGACAUGAGUCCCAUUCAUGUAAGCCGACUGCAUGAGACAUGAGUCCCAUUCAUGUAAGCCGACUGCAUGAGACAUGAGUCCCAUUCAUGUAAGCCGACUGCAUGAGACAUGAGUCCCAUUCAUGUAAGCCGACUGCAUGAGACAUGAGUCCCAUUCAUGUAAGCCGACUGCAUGAGACAUGAGUCCCAUUCAUGUAAGCCGACUGCAUGAGACAUGAGUCCCAUUCAUGUAAGCCGACUGCAUGAGACAUGAGUCCCAUUCAUGUAAGCCGACUGCAUGAGACAUGAGUCCCAUUCAUGUAAGCCGACUGCAUGAGACAUGAGUCCCAUUCAUGUAAGCCGACUGCAUGAGACAUGAGUCCCAUUCAUGUAAGCCGACUGCAUGAGACAUGAGUCCCAUUCAUGUAAGCCGACUGCAUGAGACAUGAGUCCCAUUCAUGUAAGCCGACUCCAUGAGACAUGAGUCCCAUUCAUGAAAGCCGACUGCGUGAGACAUGAGUCCCAUUCAUGUAAGCCGACUGCAUGAGACAUGAGUCCCAUUCAUGUAAGCCGACUCCAUGAGACAUGAGUCCCAUUCAUGUAAGCCGACUCCGUGAGACAUGAGUCCCAUUCAUGUAAGCCGACUCCAUGAGACAUGAGUCCCAUUCAUGUAAGCCGACUCCAUGAGACAUGAGUCCCAUUCAUGUAAGCCGACUCCAUGAGACAUGAGUCCCAUCAUCCUCUUGUUUGCCUUGCAGCGCAUCCGUCCCAAUGUCCACGACGCUUUCUCCUACCUCCACGCUCACCCGGAUGUCAACAAGGGAGCUCACCUGGGACCUUCAUUUCUGCCGUACCACAGAGUGUUUAUCUUUUUGUAAGUAUCACGGGAUAAUAAUUUAGUGUCACGGUGUAACAGAGAAGUUUAUUGGUUGUUAAAAAAAUUAAUUUUACAGCGAUGCUUUAUUGGCUGGUAAAAACAUUAGCACAGUUCAACUUACAGAGAAGUCAUCCGCCGAGGAUAAAGCGAUUAACCAUUGAGCUGUGAUAAGGUACAUAUUAAGCACAAGGCAUCUAAAAGCUGGAUUAAACAAAAAAAAAAAAAAUAAUAACGAAACAAAUUAAAUAAGUUUUGCGGAAAUAGAGAUUAUGAAAUUUAGUUGGAAGAUAACAGAAAAAAAGGCUGUGAGUUUGUUUUUUUCUUCUGCAUAAAAAAAAAAAAAUGAAGUUGACUUUUAUCAUAUGGUGACAUUUCGACAGAACUCUGUGUCAGUCUGUGUCAGUCUGUUUCAGUCUGUGUCAGUCUGUUUCAGUCUGAUUCAGUCUGUUUCUCAAACAAACCCUCGCUGGUUUAUUUUUGGGUAGAUUAUAAUCAUUUGUGGUGCCCCAACCACCUGGUGCCCCCCCGCCUAGUGCUCCCACAUGGUGCCCAACCACCUGGUGCCCCCACCUAGUGUCCCACCCGCCGGUGCCCCACCCACCUGGUGUCACACGACAUGUCUAUUCAAUAACUUUAAUUGUCCAUUUGAAAGUUCCAUACACAAUGUCACAUUGAUCAGUUGAAAGAAUUCGCAUUUUUUCCCGCCACUGAAGGUAUGAGAAACUGUUGCGCAUCUAUGACCGUAACAUCAGCUUGUGUUUCUGGGACUCGUCUGCUGAACCUGAGAAAAUGACCUGGUCAGCCUUAUGGACUCCAGAACUGUUUGGUAACGUACAGGGGCUUGUGUCCACUGGGUUUGCUAAAGGCUGGGUCACACCACUGCGUGCCUUGGACAGACAAGGUAUGUUAUACUGGACAUGUUAGACAUAUGCAAUCUCGUACAUAUCAGAUAUUAUGUUAUCUUGGACAGAGUAGAAUUUUUAUCCUGGGCAUAUUAGGUAUACUUUUAUGUUGGACAUAUUUUUCUUCUUCUCCUUAUUUGACUCUCCAACUCCCAUGUUGGACAGAUUAGGUAUGCUAUGUAGGACCAAAUAAAUAUGGUACAUUGGACACGAUAUCUUGGACUAAAUAAAUAUGUUAUUAGAACAGAUUAAAUAUGCCAGGAAUAUGCCAUGUGUGGUUAAAAAUUCGAAGGAGUCGUAAAACAAGAACUAAACGCUCCACGCUUCUUCUCGGGUAAAAGCCAUGGAUUUCAUAUACGCGAUUGGUCUUAUUUCUUCUUCCCGGGGAAAAGCCAUGGAUUUCAUAUACAUGAUUGGUCUUAUUUUUCACGAAUAUUUUCAAUAUUUUUUUAAAGACUCCAAAUGCGACAUUUAAUUAUACAACAAAUAACAGUGACAGCAGCAGAUCCCUUUAUUUAGACACACUGUAUGAAUUGUAUCCAACAGGCGCAACACAGGGGCGUCCCAUGACAGACGACGAUGUCAAGGUGGUCUUGUCGAAGAAGAGGCUCGGGGAGAUCUCCAUGCCCGCGGCCGAAGUCAACGCCAAUGUCGAACUGAUGCACAAUUACGUUCACACCUACGUCGGAGGCAUCAUGGGGCAGGUGAGGAAUGGGGCUUCAGAGUAGGUGUACCUGUACAGAGAAACGAUUUUACGUAAGCUUUGGUUCCCCAAGCACAUAGUUUUGACGCUGUUUUCACCAUGGACCCCGUUAGUAUAGUCUAUUGAAGGCUAGGAUAACCAACAGCAUGACCUCGUAACACGUAGAUAAUGGAAAGACAAUGAUGGCCUAAAUAUGCGUGUUGUUAUGACCGUAUGUAUAGGUAGGUCAAGGAGCGGCCACCUUGCUGCAAUAUUUUAACAAUGACAGAAUUAUCCGGUGAUGUGUCGCCUAAACUAAAAUAUAAGCGACUGCUAAAAAACCUUUUUAUAUCUCUUAGGUUCAAACGGCUGCCUACGACCCCAUCUUCUGGUUUCACCACACAUUCAUCGACUGCCUCUACGAGAAAUUCCAAAGGAGGCAGCGGGAAUUGGGGAUCGACCCUAUGAGGGACUGGCCGGUGGAGCACGCCGACGACGCACACGGUCCGUUCGCCCCGAUGAGACUCGGCAGUCUCCGGAACAUCGACGGCGCCCAGGAGUUCUUCAGUCGGGAGAUCGUCAGGUGCGAGCACAUCCCGCCGUGCACCAACGACACCGAGUGCGGAGAGUACAUGCGCUGCGACAAGGCGCGGCAGAAGUGCGUCUCGGAUACCCUGAGACCGGCCAUGGAGCUGGGCACGAUGUGGAGCAGUGUGGAGAACCUUCUGACUUCCAUGCUUCGUGGUCGGCUGUCCUCACAGAAUGACCCUCUACAAGCAUCUAGUUUUGGUUUCGGGAUGGUGUUCCAGCAACCGGAACUGUUCGCGUUUUCUGGGUCAGGCAAUACUAAAAAAAUGUAGACGUUAAAUAAAUGCAUUUUUUUUUCUUUUAAAAAAACUGUUCAGAUAUUUUAAAAAUUAUUUUCUACUUUUUAAAAUUUAAAGAAUAUAUUGGUUUUUUUUUAUAAUCGAAAAAAAAUAAAUUAGUGGUUUGUGUUUAUAAGAUUUACUUUUAAUAAUCAAUUGAAAAUUUCUACUGCUAAAAUACGCGCAAUGUAAGCGGGAACACUGCAUUUAAUUGAUUUGGCCAACACCUACUUCAAACAGUUGAACAACAGACCACAUACCAUUUAAACGCAUCGCUAAUAGAGAGCACUUCAUUUAUAACAAUAAUAAUAAUUAUUAUUUUGUGAUCAAGAGCCGCAUCGUUUGUUUGUACUAACUUCAAAUGUGUCGACACAUUAAUACAGAAAAAUAAAAUAGACUUC